AUGGCACGUAAACGCAAGUCGAAGGAUACCCCGAAGAAAGCAGCUCCUAAAAAGGCUCGGCUGGAGGGUGAUGGUGAUUCUUCCAAGGACGAUGGCGCAGGGAAUGAGGAAAUGUCGAUCGAGCCCCUGGAAAAUGCUGCGGCGAAGGAGGCGGUUGGCGCUGGAAAUACGGGGGAGGCUGAUUCGGAAAUAGCGGAAUCCGAAGCGCAAUCGAGUGGAUCGCAACGACUUGAUGGAGAUGUCGCAAAGGAGAAGAAGUCCGAAACUUUAGAUGUUGCUCAGUCUAGAACAUCGGACCCGCCAUCUAGACCAGUCAGUCCAGAACCCGGCUGUUCGAAGACCGCUAUUACUCACAAAAACAUGAAACCUGCACGUGGCAGAAAGAAGGGUCCGACGGUGCAGAUCCCAAUGGAAGCGAAAGACUUCCCCAACAUGACCAUCAGUGAUUACCUGAAAAUUGCCAGAAGAGUACAAGAUCCGAAGCAGCUGGACCGGCCACAAGCUCUCCGGGAUAUGGUUGACGACGCUUUGGCCAAAAGUAAAGAACAAGCGGCUACUGAUCAAGGUUCCGGCGACAAACCGGAUUCGGAGGAUGGUGAGGAGCUUGAACUGAGCUUUCAGCCGUACGGCGAUCUUUCUGACAUAACCACUGAUGAGGACGACAGUGAAGCCUGGCGCCCACCGACGGUCAAUCGAGGACCAAGGAAAAAUAACGGAAAUCAAGAAAUUGAAGAAGCUUACCCCGAAUCAGGCGACAUUCCAUAUACAAUGUUACGUGUGGCCGCCCAAGAACUCCCGAUUUUGCCUUUUGCCCGUGAGCACGACAUCGACCUCGAUUUGGACAAGUGGUCAAACGAGGAGCUGGAAGCGUUGCUGGGAGGAGUGAAAGCUUAUGGCGCCGACGAGCUGGCCAGCCGUUCGAUCCCGACGCGCUUUGUGCGUGGCAGGGAUGACAAAGAAGUUUUUGCCAAAAUUAAUGAAAUACGCAAGCUGUACGUGAUGGCCACCGAAAAACGGGAGAAAAUUGAGGAGGAGAAUUGGCAAAUGAUGCCGAAGGGCCGCCGCGGCUAUGACUGGCGCGGAUUCUUGAGCCGCAUGAUGAAGAUGAACAUCUCGACCAAGAACUUCGAGAAGGACAACUUUUGCGAUAAGGCCCUGGAGGAGAUUUUGCAAGAGACGGCCGGCCGGGUUGAUGAUGAGCCGAAGGUGUACAAGGCGACCGACCACCCCGAGAAGCUCGGCCCUCAUAGCAUACACAACGGGACAAUUUCAUGGCGAAAGCUGUACCAAUAUGUGGCGAACAGCGCGGCAACGGUCGGCAGCGAGGAGACGGGCAUCACUUUUGGAGAUCCGUUGAAUCCACUAGAAGCGUCUGUAUUCCUGCACGUGGUUGAUGGGAUGAGGGAUGCCGCCGUGAAUAUGAGCCCCGAAAAGGCGAUGCACUUGAAUGGAAUCUUUGAUUGUAUGAUCCAGGAUGAUUAUAGGCGUUUCUUCCCCUGCUCAAAGCCGCCCACGCUGGAGACUGUUCAACAUUUGCUGGUUGACCCGUUGAAUUUGGACAAGAUCGGGCAAGAAUCGCGAAAAGACGACGAACAACAAGCGAAUGGCAACUCUUCGGAUAGGACCGGCUCGGCGGAGGCUGAACUUGACGGUGAUGAUGAGGAGCUGGAAGAAGCGGCCGGCCAACUCGAGCAAGCCCUUUUUACGAUGCCCUCCGGCACCGUCAAAUCCGAGGUCAUGUCCGAACAACGAUCGUCACAA